AUGAUGCAUUAUUUAGGAUUAGGGAAGAUUCCUGGUACUAUAUAUGACAGAAGACCUACAGAAAUAAGCGUUUCGAAGUGCACAUAUGAGGGAAAAUAUGGAACUGCUGAUUACGUAGAACCUAUUCCAACGUCUAUGAUUUUGAAUGGAACGUUGAAGUUAUACGUCUAUCUCAAAACUGACCCAGGGAGGAGAGAAGUGUUGAAUGUUAUCGACCUGAGGGUAGUCCAGCGAGAAAAGAAACCGCACAGAUUGGCUGUUUGUACA